UGCUUUUUUCCCAGAAUCCCCCGCGGCUGAUAGUGUUUAGUCACCGCAGAUUCAGACGGUCGUUGUUUUUAUCCCCAUUAAAGUUGUUAUUUGCCAGCAUGAAGGAGACUGCGGCCAAGCGGCGGGACAAGGCGGGAGCCCGGGACCAGAACCGGGACCAGAACAAGGACCAGAAGAGCAAGGAAGAACCGCAGGACGUGGAGAUGAAGGAGGAGGAGGGAGCUAAUGUGGCUAAUGCUAACCGGGACGGAGCCACGCUGGACGACAUCCGGGAGCACGUGAAGCAGAUAGAGAAGGCGGUGAACGGGAAGGAGCCCCGGUUCGUGCUCAGAGCUCUCCGAGCUCUUCCCUCCACCAGCCGUCGUCUCAACGCCUCCGUGCUGCACAAGACGGUGUCCGGGUUUUACACCAGCAACCCCAGCGCCAGGGACUUCCUGCUGGGAUUCCUGGAGGAGCCCAUGGAGACGGCAGAAGGGGAGGUCCAGUUCCGUCCCCGUACAGGAAAGGCUGCAGCUGCUCCUCUGCUGCCGGAGGUGGAGGCUUAUCUGCAGCUGCUGCUGGUGGUGCACCUGAACAACCACAAGAACUACACCCAGGCCCAGAAGGUUUCAGACGACCUGAUGCAGAAGAUCGGAUCUAAGAAGAGCCGGGCCCUGGACCUGAUCGCUGCCAAGUGUUACUACUACCACACCCGGGUGUACGAGUACCAGAACCAACUGGACGCCAUACGCAGCUUCCUGCACCACCGUCUCCGUACGGCGACCCUGCGUCACGACGCCGACGGCCAGGCCGUUCUGCUGAACCUGCUGUUGAGAAACUACCUGCACUUCAACCUGUACGACCAGGCGGAGAAGCUGGUGUCCAAGUCCGUGUUCCCCGAGCUGGCCAACAACAACGAGUGGGCGCGCUACCUGUACUAUACUGGUCGUAUCAAGUCCAUCCAGCUGGAGUACUCGGAGGCCCGCAGGACUCUCACCAACGCCCUGAGGAAAGCUCCGCAGCACACGGCCGUGGGAUUCAAGCAGACGGUCCACAAGCUGCUGAUCGUGGUGGAGCUGCUUCUGGGAGAAAUCCCUGACCGUCUGCAGUUCAGACAACCGUCACUCAAACGCUCCCUGAUGCCGUACUUCCUGUUAACUCAGGCGGUGAGGAUGGGGAACCUGUCCAAGUUCAACCAGGUUCUGGAGGAGUUUGGGGAGAAGUUCCAGACUGAUGGAACCUACACACUCAUCAUCAGACUGAGACACAACGUCAUCAAGACGGGUGUGAGGAUGAUCAGUCUCUCCUACUCCCGGAUCUCUCUGGCCGACAUCGCCCAGAAGCUGCAGCUGGACAGUCCUGAAGAUGCUGAGUUCAUCGUUGCCAAGGCCAUCAGAGACGGCGUGAUUGAAGCUAGCAUCAAUCAUGAGAAAGGCUUCGUCCAGUCCAAGGAAACUAUGGACAUUUAUGGAACCAGAGAACCUCAGUUAGCCUUUCAUCAGAGAAUUUCCUUCUGCCUGGACAUCCACAACAUGUCAGUCAAGGCCAUGCGGUUUCCUCCUAAAGCUUAUAAUAAAGACCUGGAAUCAGCUGAGGAGCGUCGUGAGCGAGAGCAGCAGGACCUGGAAUUCGCUAAAGAGAUGGCUGAGGACGACGACGACAGUUUCCCAUGAUCCUCUCUGUUCACUUCCUGUUGAGAAUACUACCCAUGAUCCUCUCUGUUCACACUUCCUGAUUACCCACAAUGCCCCUCUGCCCACUUCCUGUUCUGAAUAUUACCCACUUCCUGUCCUAAAAUACCCACAAUCCCCCUCUGCUGCCCACUUCCUGUUGAGAAUAUUACCCACAAUCCCCCUCUUCAUGUUUCUCUCUGCUGUUUGUUUCUGUCUGACUCCAAUAAAACUGUUGUUAAAAA